AUGAACACCUUCUGUCGCAAACAAGCAGAGUCCUACCACAGCGUUAAGGUGCGCGAAUGGUCACUCAAGCCGUCAAAUGCCGAGUUCUUCCUUUGGAAAGAAUUAACAUUGAGCAAAGAACAGAUUGUGGUUCUUGAUCGCGUCCGCCCUUUCACGGCUGUCUUGGACAUCAGUCUCGCCGCCAAGAAAAGCGGACACUGCAAAGUCACGGUAGCUGGUCUUUCUGUUCCAUUGGUGCUCUAG